AUGGUUUCCAGGCAGCCUUUCCCUCAGACUUCGGCGACAAGUGCGAGCGCAUGGGGCGCCCUUUUACGCUCGCACAUGAAUAAUGUAGAGCCGAUCAUCAGUCAAUGGCGAGGCACACUCGAUACAUUAUUGAUCUUCGUCGCUCUUUUCUCCGCGAUAGUCACAGCCCUAUACGCCCAAUCUCUCACUAAUCUUGCUCCAGACACCGGGGAACGAACGAACGAGCUACUGCAGAACCUGACUGAGGUAAUCAUCGUGCUGCAAGGAGCGAGCGCCGCGCAGUUCAACUUCACCCAACCAUCACUCUUUGAGCCGGCUGCCGGCGUAAUACGUCUUAACUUCUAUUUCUCUAUUUCUCUUGUUCUCAGUGUAAGUGCAGUUCAACUCGACUGUACCUCGAUUGUUAACUUCUUAUUGGCGCAAUUUUCUUUAGAUCUCCGUCGCUGCUCUAGCUGUCACGAGUCGAGGAUAUGUCGCAGUGCUCACCCGCUCAAAGCACAGUCAGGCCCACAAGAAAUUGGGCGAACUACACCAACGCUGGGUUGA